UGUGUUAGAAAAUAUUAUUAUCCGGUUAGCAGGUAGCAUUAAACAUGAAUAGUUUUAUAUCAGAGAUAUUUUUGUUUGUCUCCUGUUCAUCACCUGUGAGCUGAAGCGGAUUUCAUUCCCUGUGUGUGUGUGUGUGUGUGUGUGUGUGUGUGUUAGAAAAUAUUAUUAUCCGGUUAGCAGGUAGCAUUAAACAUGAAUAGUUUUAUAUCAGAGAUAUUUUUGUUUGUCUCCUGUUCAUCACCUGUGAGCUGAAGCGGAUUUCAUUCCCUGUGUGUGUGUGUGUGUGUGUGUUUGUGUGUGUGUGUGUGUGUGUGUGUGUGAUUAUAAAGGAGUCCUGUAAAAAUAUAUAAAUAAAUAAAUAAAAACUGGAGCGCGGCGCAGUCACGUGAGUCUCUAUGGCAACGCGACUUGUCAUCAGUGCAGCUCGCGCUCAGGUUGCAUAUCAGAUCUGUGUCUCUGUACAGCAGAGUAAAGUGUGUGUACAGUGUGUGUGUAGUGUGUGUAGAGUGUGUGUAUUAGCGGAUCGCGGCAGUGAGGAAAAUCUGCAGAUCUGAUAAACACCAUGAGCCAUUUAACCCCGGGGCUGAUUGGAGCAUAUAACAGUCUGACAGAUAAACACCUUACAGCAUAUUUUAACAAUGCACGAAUACGGAGACAUCUGCAGAGAGUCGGACUGAUCAGCAGGAGUGGGCGUAUCGUGUCGGAGAAGGAGUUCAGGUAUAAGGUCAUACACAGAGACCAACAGCGACACGUACGGGAAUGUCUCGCUCAGGCCAUAUUCCACAGAGUGCUGGACAUGGAGCGUCUGCAUCAAACAGAGAUCAGGAGGAAACUGGAGGAAUUUUCCAGGAGAGAGCGAGUGAAUAAAAUGAAGGUGGAGCGCUGUAACAGGUAUGAGGACGAUCCGCUCAUCUUCCUCUCUCCACGCCCACCGACCCGACUGAGGAAUUCACACGCUCAGCAUUCUGGGCCAGAGAGAGAACCAUCUGACUCCACUGACUCGUUGGGCUCGUCAAGGCCGAACACGGCUCCAGAGAAAACUCAGCGCCCGGUUCGUCUGAAGCCUCUGAACAGCAGCACUCCGACAUCAACCAAGAGAAACUCGUCUCGUUGCCAGAACCACGACUCGACUAAUGACAGGGAACAACCAAUCAGCUGCAUAGAAGGAGUCUCCAGUGUCAGCACUGUGAAACAGUCAGAGUUGGACAGAGAUGUGAUGAGACACUUGACGCUAACAGAUUUCUCCAGCUCUGUCUCCCCGUAUCGACUUCCUGUCAUUAAUAACUUUGUGACCCCUGUACCUCCACUGAAGAGGAAGGACAAAUUACAAAAUGGGACUCUACGGGGUCGAAGGUUACGACCCACUACUGCCCCCAGUGACGCUCCUGACACAAAGGAGGGUGCUGUUCAGCGGGCGUGGUCUCGGAGUGCGGUGUGGGUGAAGAUGGUGUAUUUUGGGAAGAGUGUGCACCUGUCACAUGACCUGAUGGAGCUGAAGGAUGAGGUGAAGGUUUUCCAGCAGCACUGUGGGGGAGAAAAUCUCUGUGUUUAUAAAGGAAAACUUAAAGAAGGAGAGUCAUUUCAGUUUGUGUCUCGGCGUCACCGUGGUUUCCCCUUCAGUCUGACGUUCUACCUGAAUGGGCUGCAGGUCGAGCGUCUCAGCUCCUGUUGCGAGUUCAAACACAGGAAGAACUCACGGCUUGGAGGACGCCAUGCCCACUUUGGCUUCUCUGGGGUUGAAGGAGCUGCCCCUUGCUACAGGUGCAUCAUAGCGAUGGGCCUGGAUAAAAAACCCACUCCACCAAAGAGGAUGAGAAAUGAUCUGCUUGUCUCCAAAUCCUGGGAAAAGGAGAAAGAAGAGGAAAAUCACUCGAAGUCUGAAUCCAGCCAAUCACACGAUACUGAGACCAAGAGAAACACCAAUCAGGAGCACAAACACAAAAACGGUUAUGAGGAAGACUUUGAGGCUGAUGAUGAAGGUCCCAUGGAAGAUGGAGUGGAUGAGGGAAAUGAAACAUCUCCAUCACUCAGCAGAGAAGAAGAGGACAAGAGAAGAAAGGAUGAAAAUGGAAGUGACAAUUUGAACAGAAACAAAGUGAGAGGAUCAUCGUCAGUCUCCUCUGGUCUGUCCAGCAGCUCGUCCAGCAGUGAGGAAAAUGAAGAUGAGCUUGAUGAAGAACAGAAAGAAGCGGAGCUGAAGCCUAAGAGACACAUGGCCACAUUAACAUCAGAAAAAGAUGCAGAGGAGACUGAAGACCUGCAGACAAGCAGCGUGUCUCUGCCUACUGAGAAUGAAACCCAAAAUCGGGAGACGGAACAGACAGAGAGGGUUGAUGGAGAAACUGAAGAACCCAGAGAAGCUGAGGAACCCACAGAUGCACCUGUAGAAGCUGAAGAACCCAGAGAGGAACCUGGAGAAGCUGAAAAACCCAGAGAGGACCUCAGAGCGGGAACAGCUGGAGAUGUGAAUAAGGAGGGAGACCGGGCCAAGUCUGUGCAGGAGAAGUUAGCGGCAGCCAUUUUAAACAUGACUGAGUGUGUCUCUGAACCUGAACUCAGUGACACCACCACUGAGGAAGAUGAGUUAGUGUCGGUCGUGAGCCAGCGAGAAGGUCCAGGAGCUGAGCCUGAAAAUAACGUGGCCCAGCUGACAGGCGAUGAAGAAAAUGGAUCUGAACCUGUGCAGGAGGCUGAAAGAGAAGAAGCACAUACAGAGGAACCCAAAGAGGAAAUCAAAAAGGAAAUACAUGAAACACCACAACCUGAGACAAUAAAAGAGGAGGAAGAAAAAGACACCAACCAAACAGAAGGAAAAAUUCAAAAUGCAUCCAACGAAGAUGAAAGUGUGCAAGAUGAGCAGAACAGUGGUGAUGAAAAAGAAGACCAAAAACCAGAAGUCAAGCAAGACACAACUGAUGAGGAAGAAGGACAAAAGCAAGAGAACAAUAAUUUCACAAACGAGGAGAAUAAAUCAAAUGAAGAACCUGAAAUGAUGAAAGAGCCAGAGGAUGAAGAGCUACCAGAUGGAGAAGUGCCUAAAUCUGAGGAAUCAUUUGGACAAAAACCAGAGAAAGAGGCUACAAGUGAAAAUGCUGAAGAAACCAGAGCAACUCCAGUGGAGGAAGAGGUCAACAUGAUAGAGGAGAUCACAGAGCUUCAGCUUGAGAACCCUGAAGAAACAUCCAUGAAUCAUGAAAAUGUGGAUCAGAAUACUGUAAAAGAAAGAAUAAAUGAUGAAGAGCCGAAUGGUGGAGAAGAGGUGUCUGCUGAUGAUAAGGUCACUGAGGAGGUCAGAGCUGAUGAUGAGGAAACUUUUGAUGAAGAAUCAAGAAAUCGGAGGAAUAAUUCUGAGGAGACAGGAAAUUACAUCACAGAUUGUGUUGAAGGCAUUAUGGAAGAUACGGAAUUAGAAUUAAAGGGUUCGGCCAUAAAUGAGGUGAAUAGUGAAGAUGUGGCAAGUGAAGAUAAGAAAUCAGAAGAAAGAUUGGUGGUAUUUGUGACUGAGGGAGAAAAAGAGCAGAGAGAAGACGGAGGUGGAGUUGAGACAGACGUGACGGAUGGAAUGGAGGAAACCAAAGACCAGGAUCCUCAAGUUAAGGAGGAUGAGAACACAGAUGAAGGAAACAAGGAUGAGGAGAAAAUCGAUAAAGAGAUGACUGAAGAUAAUGCAGACCAAAAAGAGCCCACUCCACCAGGUCAAACAUCAGAGGAAAAAGCAGAGGAUGAUGUGGGAAAAAGAGAAGAAGAAAAAGAAGCACUUGCAGCAGAGAAAGAUGCUGAGCUAAAGGACAGAGGUGAUGAUAAACACACAGAAGAGCUGAAGGAAAAGGAAUCUUUGAAAGAAACUGAGGUUGGAGAAAAUGAGGUAGAUGAUAUGAGUGACGGUGGUGAAGAAAGGACAGAUGUUGCUGGAGCUGAUGCAGAGAUGCAGAAAAUAGUGACAGAGCAAGAAGACGACAACAAAGAAGAACAGAAAGACAACGCUGAUCCCACUGUUCAUGAAGCUUUGCAGGAAACCACAGAUGGACCUGACAUAAAAUCAGGAGAGAUCAAAGCAGAAAAUGGAGAAGAAACCAUUAAUGUAGACCAGGAGGAGCCUGACAAGAAGGAAGAAGCUGGACCAGGGGAAGGUGAGGGAACUUCUGAGACUAAUGAAGAAGAAAUAAAUCGAGACAUGACCAAAGAAGAAGGUGUGAAAGAUGAAGAGAUGGAUGAUGACAAUGAGAAAGAACAGGACCAAAGAGUAAUACAGCAAGAGACUACCAAUGAAGAAGAAGAAGAUGAAAAAGAAGAGGAGGAUGUUGGUGAAGAAGAGAUCGAACAAAAACAAAACGUACAGCAAGAGACAACAAAUGAAGAAGAAGUAAAAGAUGAGCAGAAAGAUGAAUUGGAGAACAUUAAACCUCUAAUAUCAGAGAACAGUAAUGAUGCUGCCACUGAGGAUGAAGCUCCAUCAGACACCAAAACUCCUGCAGAAGAUCCUGCAGGUGCCGAGUCAGAACCCAAGGACACGAAUGUUGACCUUGAAAGUAGAGGUGAAGAAGAGAGCAGAGCAGGAGAUGGCAAUCACAUUCAGUCAUCUACUGAUAUUAAAAAGGACAAAAGUGCUGAUGCUGCAAAAGAAACCAGGAGUGUAGAAGGCAGCACUUCUCCUUCAGAAGAAUCUCAGCCUCUGGAGAAAGUCCUGGCUUUCAAAAGAGAGGAGAGAGAAGCUGAACUUAUCGUUGCUCCUCGGACAGAUCAUGAAGAGCUGGUAAGUAACUGGGUGAAUGUUCACCAAGCCUCAAACUAUUUUGAGACUUUUGUUGAGCCGCUGGAUGAGAUAAAGGUCCUCGACAGAGAGAUGACAGUAAACGCUGAAGCUCUGGAAAUAGAUGAAACAAUACUGAGUCCGAAAGAGUCUCACAGAAAUGAAGAAUCAUCUGAGACUGACAAGAUCAGCCUGCCAGUGAACAGCGAGCGUGAGGAACUUGAGGACACGGUGGUGGAAAACUUCAACAUGGAGAGUGAAGCUUUAGGAGCAGAGGGUCAAACUAAUCCAUUCUCCAGCAACUCAGCAGAAGAAGAAGAAGAUCGAAGACAAAUGGAUUCUGUGCAAACUCCAAAAGAUCAGGAAGAUGUUGCUGUAAAUAACGUCAUGAACAUUUCAGCAACACCAGUGAUGAAGAUUGAAAUUAGCCAAGAUAGCUAACAAUUAUUACAGCAUCAUCCGUAGCCCUGAUCUCAGAUUCUCCACCAUCCUGACCUCCAUUAGUAACCAAUAAACACCACGAGGAUCUGUGAAAGUCAGAGUUAUGAUCUGUAGAAGAACCACAGUUACUCUAGAACCAGUCUGAGUUUACUAAUGCAGAACAUUCUGGAAUCGUGCUUUGAAAUUUUAACUGUUUUUAAUUCACCUUCAUCAAGUCUCUCACGUUCUAUCAGCUGGAUCUCAGAUGUCAUCAAAGGGUUUGUUUCUGUUUGAUCAGCUCACGUGAUGUUCAGUAGAUGACUGACUGCUCAGCGUCUCUGUGCACUUGAGGAGCAAAAUAUUCAAGCAGAAGGAAAAUUUUCUUUCCUUAAAAGUGAGACAGUGAUGAAGCUGUUUGUAAAAAUAAACAGCAGCAAUAAAUCCAUUCAUUUUCUGUAGCGAGGAGGCUGGAGCCAAUCACAGGGGACUUGGGGAACAGGGCUAUGGGGUGCCAACCCACGCAGCGCGCGCGCACACACACACACACACACACACACACACACACACACACAAA